AUGGCUCCGACCAUUCAGAACGUCUGCAACAACAUUAAUCAGCGUCCUCAGCUGGCGCGGCCCUCGGGGACAACUUGUGACAGCACCUUGACUCGGUUCGGGUCCCGACUUGAUAUUUCCGGACAUCUUUGUGGCUUAUCCCUGUUAUUUAUACUCCUGGCCUUACAAUCUAGGACGAAUAUAAAUCUACACCGAAACUCUCCUCUGCUUUUUGACAUUCAGACCCUGCGGCUCCUCGCAAUUUCGGUGCCGAUAACCGCGCUCUUCAUCCUCAAGAGACAUGUGGAAACCGAUUCGGGUCCUGAACGUUAUGUCGAACCUGAGAGUGAUAACCUCGUGCUCUCUCGGCGCCACUGCCUUCACCUUAUCCAAUUUUAA